AUGUCGCUGUUCCACGCCAAUGCCGGUCAGGCGGAAAUAAUCCGCAGCGUGCAAAAGGAUCAGGAGCAUAUCGAGUACAUCCGGUCGGCGCUGGGUGAACUGUUGCUGUUGCUGAGCCAACGUCACUGGUUUAAGUACAACUCGAUGUGUAAGCUCAUCGCGGAAAUACUAUAUCACCACUAUGCGAUCCUUAACAACCUACAAACGCUUGGCGAAGAGUACACGGGCAUUAUCCAGGUCGACGCUAACUAUGUGAUGCUCCCCAACAAAGCCCUCCAACUCCUGGCGAUUCUGCUCGAGUAUGGCGGUGAACAUGUCACCGAGCGGGUGCUAACGUACAUACAGACCGAAAUCGAUCGAAGCGAAGAACUGCUACCGAGCGUGAAAGACUCCCUGCACAAAUUCAUCGACACACUACGUGUGGUGGUGCCGUACGUGCGCGGUUUGCACACCAGCUUGUUCUACAUAAACGGUGGCAAAUAUCACAUCUCUAAACGACUGACGGGAAUCAACUACGUGUUGAUACGAAACUGGUUGAAGGAAAAUCACUCCAUCUACGGUUAUAAGGUGCUUGGGUACGUCACGCUCGUACAGCUUGUACUCGCCCUUGCGACCCGCUAUCGGCAAUAUCGUGCGGAAGCGAAACAGAAGCGUCCUCCGGCGAGGAUAAGCAGCAGCGUACAAUCGGCAGGUGUAUCCACCACGGCACACCAUUGCGCCCUUUGCAUGGACACGGCCAAAGAUAUCAGCGCGACGCAGUGUGGGCAUCUGUUCUGCUGGCACUGCAUCCUGAAUUGUCUCGACAUGCGCCAGAUUUGUCCCAUCUGCCGGGAAACGGUCAAGAAGACGCGUGUGGUGCGACUGCAAAACUUCGCCGUCGAGCAGACGAGCUAGUCAAGGUAGUAGUUAUAUUGCAAACGAAAAACGAGGUCUUUUGUGUAUGUGUUAACUUUAAAGGGUGCAAUGUGGUACAAACUGGUGAUAAAAUAAA